CCUGCCUGCCUAGCUUAUACUAGUAUGUAUAUAACAGCCCCCACCCCCCACCUCGCAAAAUUUCAGGUCUCUCGCCAUUUCUACCUUCCCCCACCCUUACGCUACACACCUAGCUUUAUUGCUGAUGACAAUUGAACUUGCACUGGCGGCGGCGGCGUCAUCAUCGUCAGGGGAGCGCGGAAACAUGCCGAGCCCGUGCACCGCGCUGCCGCCGGGGUUCCGGUUCCACCCGACGGACGAGGAGCUCAUCCUCCACUACCUCCGCAAGCGCGCCGCCGCCACGCCCUGCCCGGCCCCAGUCAUCGCCGAGGUAGAUAUCUACAAGUUCGAUCCAUGGGAUCUGCCAGCCAUGGCCGUGUUCGGGGAGGCCGAGUGGUACUUCUUCAGCCCGAGGGACCGCAAGUACCCCAACGGCGUCCGCCCCAACCGCGCCGCCGGAUCCGGCUACUGGAAGGCCACCGGCACCGACAAACCCAUCGCGUUCUCCACUGCCACCGUCGACGCUGGCACCGAGGAGAGCCGCGACAUGAUCGGCGUCAAGAAGUCGCUCGUCUUCUACAUGGGCCGCCCUCCCAAAGGGAUGAAGACGAGCUGGAUCAUGCACGAGUACCGCCUCGCCGAAGCGCUCACCGCCGCCAAGACGUACAGACCCACGAGGUUCAAGAACUCGUCCAUGAGGCUGGAUGACUGGGUGCUGUGCAGAAUCUACAAGAAGGCCAGCCCACACGGGUACUCGUCGCCGCCGCACGACACCGAGCCCUCCAUGGACGGCCACGGCCAGCAGCAAGGCGACUCCGUCUCCGUCGCCGCGUACGUGCCCGCUGGCCUGCUGCCGCGGCCGCCGUCCAUCUCGGACUACCUCUUGGACUACUCGGCCGUGUCCGAGCUCUUCGAGAGCCUACCGCCGGCGCAGCUCGGCACGGGCAAUAGCUCCGGCGCCGCCGACCGGUUCCUCGUCACCAACAACGAGUAUAGCAGCUCAGUGGCGCAGCAGAGCUCGCACAAGAGGCGAUUAAUGGAGGAUUACUCCAACACUAACAUGGAGACGAUGCUACACGCGUCAAACAAGAGGUUGUCGAGUGAUGCAUCCACUGUGACGAACACUUACACCGUGUUUGGCUUUGGCCCAGAUCAGCCUUCUCAGGACAGAAUAUGAUGCAUGCAUACAUCCUCCCAGCUAACUAGGGAUAAGGGAAGAAUAUAUUGAAGAUUAUUUAUUGGUUCGUAUUGAUGUGGAUGGAAUUCAUCAUUUAUUUAUUGAUUACGAAUAUACACCAAAUUUAAAGUAUCGUAUUGUAACAAGUAGCAGUAUUAAGAAAAGAAAAAUUAUAGUGAAGAUUUCACUAUAGCUAGAUCUGAUUUUAAAUGUUAUGUGUGUAACUAGCUAGGUAUAGGUAGGUUGUAAUAACUUGUAAGUGAAAGAACACAUUUGUUGAAUAAAAUUUAUAUGAACCUCUUUCAAUA